AUGACCAACUCCGGUAUUCCCAAGUUUCAAAACGCAGCUGUACGCGUCGGAGAUGGUGAUGACGCUAGGGCGCCGCUCAAGAAAAUCGAGGUUGACCUGCCUGGAUCCGACCAGAUCCUAGUCAAGAUCAAUUGGUCAAACUCUUCGCCUGAUCCCGAGACCAAAGGCAUUGCAGGGCAUGAAGGAGCUGGAGUCGUGGUCUCUGUCGGUGACAACAUGCAUCAAAAAUGGAAAGUAGGGGAUCGAGCUGGUGUCAAAUGGGUGCACAGUAUCUGUGGAGCAUGCGAAUUCUGUACUAAUGUUACCGUUCCUGGGACAUUCCAGCAAUAUGUCGUCGCUGAUGGUAACUAUACGAGCAGGCUUCCGGAAGGCGUUGAAGACGAAGAGGCCGGACCAAUCAUGUGUGCUGGGGUCACUGCGUAUACUGCCUGCAAACGAAGCUCGGUCCGACCAGGUCAGUGGAUCGUAAUUCAAGGAGCGGGUGGAGGCCUGGGUCAGUUCGCCGUACAGUAUGCUAAGGUCAUGAAGCGGGAACUCUGCCAAAGGUUGGGAGCUGAGGAAUUCGUGGACCGACAAUUGAGCGAGGACAUUCCGGCCGAAGUGAAGCGCAUUACCAAAUAUGGUGCACAGACGGUGUUAGUAUUGCCUCCAUCAAAAGAAGCAUACGCCUUAGCACCCAAUCUUGUCCGACCUGGCGGCACAGUCGUCGUCGUCGGCCUACCGCAUGAUGAGUCGGUGAUUGCAGGAGCAAGGCCCAAGCAAAUGGUGUUGGACCGCUUGAAUUUCGUUGGAAGUGUAACUGGAACGCUGAAAGAUGUCGAGGAAGCACUCGAUUUCACCGCGAGGGGGUUGGUUCACCCGAUCUUGACCAAAGGGACCCUUGCCGAGGUCGACAAAUACUUCGAAUUGAGGCAUCAAGGACAGUUGGCAGGCUGCGUGGUGCUGAAGGUCGCCUAG